AUGGCCAGCUGUGCAGGCCCCCACCUUACACCAGGACACCUCACGGCCUUUGUUUCCUCUCCCCACCACCACGCAGAAAACAGCAGCAGUGACCAGAGACAGGCCUGCAAGAAGCAUGAACUGUAUGUCAGCUUUCGAGACCUGGGCUGGCAGGACUGGAUCAUCGCCCCGGAAGGCUACGCCGCCUACUACUGCGAGGGGGAGUGCGCCUUCCCGCUGAACUCGUACAUGAACGCCACCAACCACGCCAUCGUGCAGACGCUGGUCCACUUCAUCAACCCGGACACGGUGCCCAAGCCCUGCUGUGCCCCGACGCAGCUCAACGCCAUCUCCGUGCUCUACUUCGACGACAGUGCCAACGUCAUCCUGAAGAAGUACAGGAACAUGGUCGUGCGGGCCUGCGGCUGCCACUAGCCCCGAGGCCACCGGGCCCUGUGCCCCACCGCCCUGCCCUAAGGAGCCGGCAGGCCCAUCUCCUCCUGUGAGGCUGCCGGUCCCCUCCCCGCGCGAACGGUGCAGGAAAUGAAGGAACUCACAGGCGACGCUUCGGUCCGUUUCUCUCCGGCAUCCUCAGACAAGAUCCCACGGGCCGCAGCCGGCGCUGCCCAGCAGGAGAACAGGGAGGAAGACCGGCGGCCGCCCCCGGCCGGCGUCUUGGCCCCGGGCAGCCGCAGGACACCCUGCGGCCGAAGCCUGGCGGCAGCGGAGGCUCACACAGGGUGGGUGCGUCUGAGUCCGCACUCAGGGCGAGCCGACUCGAAGUUCCUGUACUAAAUGUCACAAUAAAACGAAUGAAUGAAAAUGGUUAGGAUGUGACAGAUAUAUUUUCCUAAGCAGUCUCCCCCCACCCCUGGUUCUCUGACUUCAUAAACAGAAGCUGUGGCCGACGGGGGUGGGCACCCUCCCCUCCACCCUGGUUUCCUUCUGAGGCCUGCGCAGCCCACACCCAGCUCGGCAGGCGGGGAGCGGGGAGGGUGCAUUGUCCUAGGUGGAAACACCCCGCGGCCCAGCUGCUGUGUGGGCGCAGAAGUUAGGGUCCUGCAGGCCCACAGGCACGUUUGCCGUUGGCUUCCUGCCCUCCAUGGCGGGGGCGGCGGCAGAGGGCAGCGCUGUGGACGGCCACGUGACCGUGGACUCUGGCCCACAGCGCCCUUUUUAGGGCAGCAAGGGCACCCAGCUCCCAGUCGGGGGGGCGGGGAGAGGGGGGCGCUGUCCUUUCCCCAAGUCUACCCCUCCCUUG